CGCAUCUGUUUGUUUUCGUGUUGAGGAGACAGGAACGCGGCAACCAAUCAAACCACGACAACCCACCACACCCACCCACCCACCGCUUUGAUCCUCGCUCGCUCGCUCGUUGGUAUCCGCCCCUCCUCCCCGCAUCACACAUCAACUGCCGCCGCCAUGACGGGGCCUGCUGCAUCCAUCGCGCUUCACGCGCUGCUCUUUCCAUCCCUCGCCCAGGUGUCUGAGAAGAACCCGGACAUGGAGGCCACAGUUGAGACCAUCAAGCAUGCCUUGGAAAAGGCGGAGGCGAGCAACCCGGGGCUCAGCCACGACUUUGUGGAUUUGAUUCUGGAGAAGACACAGUCCAAGGGCGGCCAGGAUUUGACCGAGAAGCUGCUGCGCGAGGCGCAUCGCGACGUGCAAUUGUAUUCCAUUGAUGACAAGACCCCAGAGCUCACAGACCUGUCAAACAAAGCGAAAGCACUAAAGAGGAUAUUGAGCACCAUCCCAGAUGAGGUGCAGAACCGCACGCGCUUCCUGGGGAUCAUCCGCAAGAUUGCAGAAUCCAUCAAGGACAUGCUCGACGCCGUCAACGCCGUCGCCACAAACAACGCCGACCUCAUCGCCCCAAAGGCCGAGGAGCUGCAACAGCAGCGCAAGAUGUUUGUUCGCGGGUCAAAGCGCUUCAGCGAUACCCUCAAGCAAUACUUCACAGACAACAAGGUGCACAACCUCUUCCGCAGCGCACACCGCCUCAUCAACGAGACAAACUCCCUCAUGCGCACGGUCAAGAGCGCCCUGUAGCGGCUGCCCGUAUCUUGAGAGGAAGUGGAGGGGAUGGUGGUGGCUGUGGUGAAUUGACGGCAUUGCUGUUCGUUGGCGCUCUUGUCCCACGUGGUGGUGGUGUUGGUGACGGCGUUGUUGUCUCGUAAAUGUUUCCAACAGCGCCGCCCUCGUUGCUGUGGUGUUGUGUGUUCUGUUGCUGUUGAUGUCAUCUUCUCCUCCUCGCUGCUGCUGCUGCUGCUGUUGUUGUUGUUGCUGCUGUUGCUGCUUGUCUGCAUGUAUCAUAGUCUGCCCACAGUUUCCGCCUUGCUCUUGCCUGUGUUGCUUGUUUGCCUGCUCUGCCUUUCACUUUGCAUGCCUUUCUCUCUGGUUGCACGCCAGCUGUUGCGUUUGUUUCUCACUCUUGCUCUCACUCUUUGACGCGCAUCCAAAAACAUAUACAAACGAGUUGCCGAC